AUGGAGUCCUUCCUCUUGAGUGUCAUGGCCUAUGACUGCUACUUAGCCAUCUGCCAUCCUCUAAUUUAUGCUACUGCCAUGAGCAAGCAAAACCGGUUGUACUUUGCUUUAGCCUGCUGGGUAAUUGCUCCUGUGCUCUGCGCCAUCUGUGUUAUCUGUCUUGCUGGCCAAACUUACUGUGGUCCCAACCGGAUAAACCACUUCAUAUGUGAGUUGCCAGUGGUGAUGAAACUUGCAUGUAGUGAUACACAUAUAGUCAAGCUUGUGAAUUUAGCUAUAGGAGCAUUAGGCAUUCUGGUUCCUCUAUCGGUCAUUCUGACCACCUAUGGGUGUAUACUUUACUCGGUCUCACAUAUGAAGUCAAACGUUGGACUGCACAAGGCUUUCUCUACCUGUGGCUACCAUUUGAUUGUGGUUGUUUUGUUUUAUGGGACGAUUAUCUGUAUGUAUAUGAUUCCAAAGUCAGCUUCAUCUCUUGAUCAUGAUAAACAAAUUGCAGUCUUCUAUGUUGUGGUCACCCCUCUGCUCAACCCCAUUAUUUAUACCUUGAGGAAUAAGAGCAUACAUAGGGCAGCAUCUAAAAUAUUGUGA